AUGUCAGCGGAAGUUUCAUUAGAUGCUGGCUCUCAACUGACGCAAUCCUUGUCCACAGAUAAUUUGCAAAAGCCGGCUGGUUCGUCAAAUAAUCAAAUCAGUAGUGAAUAUCAGCGUUCAUAUCAAUGGAAACUUCCAAUUGUUCAAGUAAAUAAACCACCAAGGGCUCCUUCUAAAUCUGAAUAUCAAAGAGAAUAUUGCUGGAAAAGCGCACCUUCUACGCCUGUUAAGGAAUUAUUAUCUGAUUUAAAAUCUUCUCCUCAAUCUGCUUCCCCAUCUACUCCUAAACCAGCUCCUCAAUCUGUUCCCCAAUCUUCUGUUAUUGAUAAUAAGUCUGUCGAUACUGCUCGGUUAGCAGAUGUAUCUAUAAAAACUUUGACAACUGAUGACUUUAAUGCUGUUAGAAGAACCCCCGAAUCAAUAAAAGACAUUAAUGCUGUCAGAAGAACCCCCGAAUUAACAAAAGAAAUAAUAACCGUUGAAACAACUGUAAAACAAAAUGGUACUUACGUUGCUGAACCAGAUAUACUUGUCUCUAAUUCUGGAAAAUUCACUUCAAGUGCUGGUAUUGAUAAGUGGAAAGAUGGUCUCAGAAACAAUUCAAAUGAGUCAAAUUAUGAUCCUGUUGAAAAAAAGAUUGUGGUUUUGGAAGGUUCUCGUUUAUCUAAACGAUCUCGUUGUCGUUCAAUGUACUCUUUAAGAGACGAAUUAAAAACAAAAGAACUUGCUAAUCAACUAUCUGAUCCUUAUGAAACCGAAUACAAACAACAAUUUGUAGACUGGAUAGAAUAUUAUAAUCAUGAAACAAAACCCCUUCAAAGAAGAGGUUCUUGGUCUGCUCCACUCGAUAAUUUUAAAUUGUUAGAUGGUUUUAAUCGUAAUGAUUCAAAAUCUUCUGAAUCACGUAAACAUCAACCUUUAAUUACUGAUUCGACUUCUAUAAAGAGUAAUCAUUCUCGUGGCUUAAUGAGACCAUCUACUUCAGCCGAAUUUCGUAAUUAUCGUAGUGACUACAAUGAUGUUCCCAGCGAUAAAUUUAGUAAACUCAAUUUAAAUGAUUAUUAUUCUUCAAGCCAGGCUAAAAGUACUGAAAUACAAAAAUCUAAAAGUAGUGAACUUCAAAAAUUUAAGAGUAAUGAGAUGCAAAGAACUAAAAGUUCUGGUAGUUCUCCUUUACGUAAUUCUGUAUUUAACCAAAAUGAUCUUAUAUCUCAACAAGAUACCCCUGAUCAUCGUCGGCGUAAUAUUUCUGCUAUUGACCUCCCUGGAAGGCCUCGAAAUCGUGAUACGCACAUGGAUGAACGAAGACGUGAUUAUGAACAUUUAUAUGAUAGAUGUCGUGAUCCAAUGAAUACUAAUCGCAAAGACGAUUAUGAUAAACAGCAACAUGAUAAAUCUUAUGAUGAUCGUUAUAAGAAUAAUCAUUUAUCAAAUGUCAAUUAUGAUUAUUAUAUAACGGAACGUCAACUUGAUAAUGGUUACGAUAUUCGUUAUAGUAAACAAGAUCAUGAUGAAUAUUAUAAGCAUGGCAAUCGAUCCGCUCAUAUUUCUGACAAAGAACAUUAUGGUCGACAUGCUAAUGGGCAUAGUAAUGGGCAUAGCAAUGGGCAUUCACGAAAUACUUCAUAUUCUUCGACAAGUGAUCUUGAUCCAUCACGUUCAUAUGUUCGUUCCCCUCUUCCUAAUGCUAAUCCUUCAUAUUUAGAUCAUCUACGUCACCGUGCCACUGCAAGUGAUAGUAGUUCUGUAUCAACUCCAAGUAGUCCUGCAACUCCAAAUGGAUUUUAUGAUAAUGAUUAUAAAUCAAGAAAAAGUAAUGGUCUGGAUCCACGGAUUUAUAAGGAACAGAUCUAUUCAUCUGCUAUAACGUCAAAAUCGCUUAUGGGACCUCCAAAAUCAAAUCUACCAUUAGAUGAUGAUAAAGAACGUUAUUAUCGCUCAAGUCCUUUAAGUCCUUCUCAUAAUAAAUUUUAUCUCGAAGAUGAUAAAGAACGAUAUCGUCAAAGUCCUUCUCUUCCAUUACCAUCAAUAUUAAGAGACAAGUCUUUAGCCGCAAAAUCGCCCACACCAUCAACUCCACGUUCUUAUCAAUCAACAUAUUCAUCACCCCCUUUUACUAGAGCACCAAGUCCAACUCGCAAUCCUUAUGCUAAAAAACAUAAUAAUUAUUAUUAUGAGACUUCUUCCCCUACUUUGUCGCCGACCUAUUCUUCACGUCCGCCAUCACGAGCAACUAGUGUUAGUAGUCAUGCCACUUCCAUUGAAGAAGAAUCUGUUAUACUAACCGAUAUCCUCCGAGACGCGGAUUCACUGACGUUGAAGAAUUUAACUGAUCAAUUAAAAAUAUUUAAACAUCGAGAGCCUAAGCCUCCUGCUACUACAAAAAUUACAUCUCGUAGUACACCUGGUACGAGGAGGUCAUCUGUUACAACUAACAAAAAUUCAUCCACAAAGUCCACAAAGGGUACAAAAAGUAGCUCUGUACCUGGUACUCCUAGCUCUGCCCAAAAGAAGAAAAGUAGUAAACCAACUAAAUCACUACCCUCAACAUCAUCCGUGACUUCAUCGUAUCGUGAGGCAUACAGAGAUUAUACUUUGGAUAAACGGCCUGAGCCAACAGAUUUUACCGCAGCAAGAGAAGCUUUAAAUCGUGCAAAAUUAAAG